ACAACCUCGAGCAAAACUCACACACUACUAUCAAUCCCUCUAGACUUAUACCUUCCAACUACUCUUCCUCUAUCUCCACCAAACACGCCAUUAAACAUGGCCCCCACUCUCCUCUUUACUGGUCUCCCCUGGAACCACCCCCGCGUCCCCCGAGUCGACCGCGGCAACAACGAGCAGAUUCGUGUCGGUUUGGAGAAAGCUGAGAAAGACCUCUUAGCGUCGGGUUAUGACUCCACCGUUUUCUUCCAUGCCUUCGAGGACGGUGUCACCGCUUGGAGAGAUAUCCUCCAGAGCAAAAAGUGGGAUGGGGUCAUUAUCGGGUUUGGGGUGAAGGGAAACCCGGAGCUGAAUGAGUUUUUCGAGGGGUUGGUCAAUGCGGUUAGAGAGUGGGCGCCUCAGGCGAAGAUCGGUUUCAAUACGUCGCCAGAUUCGACGGUGGCGGCGGCCAGGAGGAUCUGUCCCAUCUGAGGAUCCGAUGGUGUUAUUUUCACCAUGCAGACGUGCAUUUGGAGGAGUGAGAGUCGUGUGUGCAGGGUGUGGGGAGCACGAUCGGUUGGGCAGUCGGGAAGAGACGGUAGACAAAUAGAAAGGCGGAAUUCCGCACUGUGAUCCUCAAGCUCAAGGGCCGGUCGGUCAAGUAGCGAAAUCGCAGAAUGUGGCGCGGUAUGAGGUGGUGCGUGGAUGCGUGCGGACGGCUGUGUUCCCCUCGAGCGCGCUAUUGGAGGCUGCAAAGAGUCUUGGACUUACCUUGUAUGACAUCCCUUGGCUAUAACGACUCGAAACCCACUGGUAAUCUGAGAGUUGGGAAUGGAUGUCGAAGUUAAGGCGAGCAUCCGAUGGUCAAACCCAAGGAAGACAGGCCCGAUGUUCUGGACCCAUAUUCUACAGAGCAUUGGACGUGUUGUCG